AUGCCCCAAGCGUCGUCGGAGCGGGCCGCAAGCCAACCGAAGCGCAGGAGUGAAGAAGACGGCCGUAAGCCUGCUUCCAAGACAUACGUACAACUUUUGAGAAACCGAAUCGACCUCCUGGAAGCCGUGUUGCAGUCCCACACCAUCGAUGUCGAGGCUGCCGUCGCCCAGCUCUCGGCCACCGGAUCAGCACCACAACUACCGUCCAUCGCCAGCACUUUAGCAACCGGUAGCGAUGCUGGACUCAGCGUCUCGGCUUUUGACGACCUAUGUGCCACCUUUGAAGGAGCUCUCUCCCUAGAUGAAUCGGUGAACUACGAUCAGGAUGGAGAGAUGCGAUACUUCGGCCCGGCGAGCGGCCGCUUAGAGUUCCAGAGUGGUGCGUAUCGCUUAGUGUUAUCCCCGGCUGGGUUGGUUAUUGACAAGUCUCUAGAAUCUACGCCCGAGUCCGACGAUCAUGGCAGCCCAUUGACAUCCAAGUCCACGGAGACUAACCGUUACAUCCUCCCUCUGGAGGCAGACGUCUACCCGGAGGAUCUUACCACAGAACUGAUAGACUUGUUCUUUGAGUAUCAAAACCCCUGGUGCCAAGUGGUUGAUGAGAAGCUAUUCAGAGAGAGUAUGAGAACGCAGGGUCGCUUCUUCAGUCCUUGUUUACUCAACUGUAUACUUGCUCUGGGAUCACGCUACUCCGAUAGGACCGACACCCGUUCCAUCCUAGACGACCAAAACUCGGCCGGCAAAGUCUUUCUCCAGAAAGCUGAAGUCCUUUUACAUUAUGACAUGAAACGACCGAACAUCACGACAAUUCAGUCAAUGUCCAUUCUGGUCGGGGUCUAUGUGUCCUACGGAUGCGAUGCUGCCGGAUGGCUACACCAAGGAAUGGCAAAUCGACUAGCUCUUGAUAUGGGACUCAACCUUGACGCGUCGUCUUUGUCUGGCACGUGCCACAUGUCCAACGAAGAAGUAGAGUUGAGACGACAGAUUUAUUGGGCCCUAUACUGUGACGACAAACUUGCCGCCAUAUACACGGGGCGAGUCUGUAGUCUUUUGGAUGUCCAAGGCGCUGUCCAUUUACCGUCAACAUACACACCGGAACAAAUGAGUGCUGGAGCAGCAAACGACUCAUGCGACGUAGACAGAUGCAAUAAAAAGGUCCUCGUACACCGCGGUCUAAUAGGCCUCUGUCGAAUCCUUGAGAACAUCCUCCUGGCUCUAUACGCCCCAAAACCACUCUACAAAGGCCCGCAAAGGAUAUCCUUCCUCCAAUCCUGCACCCUCGAGCUCAAAACAUGGUUCUACGAACUCCCCGCUGACCUCCGCAUCGACAAACACAACGACCUGCCUCAAGUCUACACCCUCCACAUGGUCUACCACACCUGCUGCAUCCUCCUCUUCAAGCCCUUCCUCCUCAAAUCCAAAGACACGCCCCCGGCCCUUAAAACAGACACGGCUAAACGCGCAGAGGUCCUCUGCAUCGAGUCGGCCAAACGUAUCUGCCACGCCGGCAAAAAGUACCGCCAGGUCUUUGGCUCGUUCCGGCGGAGCCCUAUCACCGCGACGCACUGCACGCUCACCGCAGCGCUGGUGCUUAUUCAGUACGCGAGCCCUGACCCGGAGUUUGCGAAUACGGGAAGGCCGUGUUGUACCGUCUACAUUGAAGCGUGUCUGGAGGUCCUGGCGGAGCUGGGCAUCUCCUGGCGUCCUGCCGCGAAGAUGCGGUCCGAUCUGAUCAAGUACCUGCACCAGAAAUACCCGGAGCGGAUGCCAAACUCCAUCCUGCAGGAGCAAGAUGCCCGCAAGGACCCGGAUCCGGAUCCAAAGGCACCGGCAUCGGCGGCGGUGGUAGAAAGCGACACCAAUGGUGCAGUAUCAAGUUCUAUGCAGCCGCAGCCGACGCUAGAGCAGAGCCUGUGUCCCUUGAUCAACAUGAUUGACCAAGACUUCACGUGGGACGAGUCCAGCGCGGCGGACCAGACGCUCCAGGGGGCGUUGCUGAGUCACGGCGGAUCGGAGUCGGCUUUCAACACGCAAUUCGCUCUGGCGGAAUCUAUCGGUGAACUUGGCGAGCAGAAUGGUCUGAGUUUCAUGGAUGAUAGCUUCUGGGCGGGGAUGAAUUUCGACAUGAAUCUCGAAAUGCAAAAUCCGUGA